GUGGAGGUUUUGUUGUGCACGGUGUGGGAGGAAUGAGCCGCGGGAGCCAUUUGGAGAUCACCAUGUGGUCGAGCUGAAUUGGGCGCUGGAGGGAAGCCCUCCAGGAUGACUUUGGAAGAUAUAAUUGGGCGUUCCAGAUGAGCCACCGAAGAACACAGGGAGAAUGAAUCGCAACUGUUAUCCACAGAAUAAUUUGAGUCGAGUUCUGAGGGCUUGAGUCGUAGACUUGUAGGAAGACUUGGGAUCUGAUUGGAGUCAUGAUGAAGCUCCAGAGCUUUUUAUCUCCCUCUCACUCUGUUUUGUCCUAUUCCUUAUCCUCCGGCUCCUAGGGAGAAGCUACAUUGCCGGCCUGCCCCUGUCAUGGAUAGGAAACCGGUACUACUGUUUCCCAUCUUUUCCAUUCUUUAAUCAUUCAUUUGCUCUGCUUUUGGAUCGCUCUGGUCCUACGAUCCUAUCUCUGCAUGGAGCUGCAGCCUGCUGCCGAUGAUGGAGGUGAUCCCGCCGCUUCCUUUUCCAACAAAGCUUGUGGUGAUGGACAGCUGCAGAGCCCAGAUAACUCUACGAUAGCGAACGAGGCGAAGGGAGGCUGAUGCUUCUGUGGACCUUCUAGUCUCGGCCCCCUUCUCCCGCGUCGUCACCAGCCGCCUAAAUGAGCCUCAUUUUCCUCAUCCUGGCCGCUGCUACAGAGCACGAUGCCGGAACACGGAAAAUAACGCUACAUGACAGGAUUGCAGGCUGUCGCACGGUGUUCGUUUCUUGCUAAAUUUAGAUCCAGCAACCUCCAUUGUUGAGCCGUCAUCUAGCUCGCGCUUCUGUUCACGGCAUGGGACACUUCAACUCGCUGCAGGACCUAUUCUCGCAGUUAUCGCUUUCUAUUACUUCCCGCAUCAUGGGGCAAGGGAAAAUACCAGUGUCGCAUUCUAUCCCUGACGGCAGACCAGCAUGUGUGGCCACUCCUUCACCAUGGCAUUUUGUUUAUUACAACCUGGAAUUCUCAUUCUCCAGGAGCAGAUUCGGACGGACUCGAUUCAGUGCCAAAUACCACAUCUACUGGGUCCCUAUCCUCAGCAGAAGAAGACGAAGAAGAAGCAGCAGCAGCACAUUCAUACAGAGAAGCACACUUUUGAAUGCAAGUCAAAGGAUCGUUUCAUUCUGGUUCGGAUUCUAGCAUAUCACGGAUGGGUCAUCUUCGAAAGGGUCCCCAAGUGUUUGAUGACGAAGGUUCACAGAUUUCCAAAUUUGAAGAUCCAUUCUCUAGAACUCUCUCAAGAGCAGACACAGCAUUCAUGUCUCCAGUAAUGCAAAGCCCAAGUUCCAGCUUCUGAGUUUACAAAGCUCAGCCACAAAGCUACACGCACCCUCCCACGAAGUAAACCGUUGAAGGCAAGCUAGAUAGCCAUCUAUAUGGCGCCAAUCAUAAUGUGGGAAAAUAGAAUUAUGGCCCACUGAAUGAUUAAUCCAAACUUGUAUUUCCAAAAUCAAAAAAAUCCACCUGGACUUAUGAAGUGGAUUGAAUGGGGGCACAGAACACUUGGCAAUCAAACUUGUGAGAACUCUAAAGAUAAUGACAACUUGCUGCCCCUAUGGCCCCCACUCUGUGUUACCCACCAGCCACAGCAUGACUUGGACACUCUGCUGUGGGAGCUUCAAUAGGCUUUUGCCAAACAACCCUUUAAGGGGGUCAUAACACUAACAACAACAACACCAAUGAUGAAGACAAAAGAAGAAGCAUUGUUGCACACUGAGGCAGGCAAACGGUGGAGAUGGUGAUGCGCUUCAACAUGUGGAGCUUCUUCCAUAUAAGGUGGAGCUCUUUGACUCCACCUCUCACACUCUGAAAACCAGCACUAAAGUGUUCAAACCCAGCAGCCCCCUUUGGGCAAAUCAAGUGGUUAGGAGGUUUGGGACCACUAGUUUGCAACCAACGUGAGGUCAAGUUUAUGAUAAUUGAGCCUCUCUCUCUCUCUGUGUUUCAUUUGUUUUUUAAGUAUUAAAUCUGCCACUUUUAGGUCACUGUUUUGGAGUUAUGGAGGAAGAAAUGAGCCUAUCUACAGACAUACCUGAAUUGUUGAUCACACUGGUCAAUAUUGGGAAUGAGGAUAUGAAUAUACAUGUUUUAAAAAUAAAAAUAAAACACGUAUGAGGGAAUAGGCAAAAGGCUACAAGUAGGGAAAAUGUGGGUGAUGGUAAUACACUAGCCUUUGUGCUGUAAAGCAUGGUAUUGGUGGAGGUGGAGUAGAGGAAAAGAAAAGGGCAAGGCAAAUGAGGCAACCCACCCAACUAGUAAUG